AUACAGCAACGACAACAACAACUUGGAAAAUUAGAACAGCAAGAAGAAGAGCAACUGCAACUGUAACUCGUUAAACUGUUUCGCGCGGCAGGGAAUGGUAUAUUUCUUGGGGGAUUGGGGCAUGGGAGAUUCUGACUUGUCGUCAUAUCAGCAGCAUGUUCCAAAUAUACAACAACAGCAGCAGCAGCGCAUCCAUGGACAUCAUCAGCAGCAGCAGCAACAACAACAACAACAACAACAACAACAUCAUCAUCAGCAGCAGCAACAGCAGCAGCAGCAGCAGCAGCAACAACAACAGCAACAUCAGCUGGUUGCACAAAUCUCAAAUAGCCUAAGCCUACUGCAAUCGCAGCUGCAAUUCGCCAGCGGAUCCAGCUUCCUACAGCAACAGCAUGUGGCUGGCCCAAGGAGCAGCAACAGUGGCAACAGCAACAGCAACAGCAGCAGCAGCCUGGUAACAGCCAAUCUACAGCAACUAUCGGUGAGCAACGGCGGCAACAACAAUAGCGCCUGCAACACGCCCACCAAAACACAGCAGCAGCCACAGACCGACUCUCAUCCACCCGCUCACAAAGUCCAUUCGUCUUGGUUGCGGCAAUGCUCCGAGUCAAACAACUCUCAAUCGACGGCCGAUAGUUGCGGCAGCAAGGCCAAGACAACACAGCUCAGUAAGGAUCUCCUGGAUAACGAGGAUGAGGUCGCGCUUCAUCCGCUUUCCAAUCAGGUGGGAGGACACACGCGCCUUUUGCUGCUCAACCAGUCAACGGUGAUCAAGCCGCUGAAUUUGCGUGAAUUGGACUUCUAUCAGAACAUUCCGCAGGACGUACAGAAGUUUGUGCCCAAGUACAAAGGCGUUAUGCAAGCAACCACCAUGGGCGGCGCUAAGCUGGACAAGCGCUAUUCGCCCAGCUUCCGGGACGAUGCGGCCGCGGUGCCAGUGCGCAAGAUGAGUGCCUCGAAGCGCAAGCGGGAUGAAGUACUCAGAAUGAAGGUGCAUAAGAACGGAAAUGCGGCCGAUGUUAUUAAGAGCAUUUCGCAACUUGACAACUCCAAUAAGCAAUAUUUCUUGAUGCUCGAGAAUAUCACAUCGCAGUUCCGCAACCCCUGUAUUCUGGACCUGAAGAUGGGAACGCGGCAGCACGGCGACGAUGCGUCCGCAGAGAAGCGAUCCAAACAGAUGGCCAAGUGCGCGGCCAGCACCUCUGGCUCCCUGGGCGUCCGCCUCUGCGGCAUGCAGACCUACCAGGCGGACUUGGAGCAGUAUGCCAAGCGCGACAAGUACUGGGGACGCGAGCUCAACGAGGCGGGCUUCAAGACCGCCUUGCAUGACUUCUUCUACAACGGCUAUCGGCUGCGCAUUCGCGUCAUCCGCAAGAUCCUGCAGCGGCUGAUGCAGCUGCGACGCGUCAUCGAGAAGCAGUCCAGUUACAGAUUCUAUUCCUGCUCAUUGCUCAUCGUGUACGAAGGCUAUGAAGAGAAUCCUAUGGCACAUCCGCCCUCAAUGGAUAUGGAUGAUUGGCUGGAGGCGCCAAAGUCAGCGACACUGCAGCCGACAGCUGCCUUCGAUUAUCACCCGGAGAACAGCAUAGACGAGGAUGAUAUUGAAGACGAUGAGGCGGGAAAUGAGGCGGGCGACGAACUGGAACCGCACGAUACGGAUGAAGACUUGCAAUUGGUGGCGGCCGUUGAUAGCGGCAACGCCUCGGCCACCAACAGCAGCACCGGAGCCGACGGCUGCAACUAUGAUGCGGAUGCAUCAAAUGAUUCAAACUCGCGCUUGAAUCUGGCCACACGUCGUCAUUUACACAAGCGCGGCUUCGCGGAGGCGGCGGCACGUGGCGUCAAGCAAACGGCCACCAGCUCCUCGACCACCACCGACGAGGAGGAGGAGGAAGACGACGAGAGAAACAAGGCACAGCACUCGCACUCGCACUCGCAUUUGUCCGUCAUGCCGCCGCCACGUAGCUGCGGUGUCCUGCCCACUAAAUCGGUGGCUGGUGGCAAGGGCAGCAAUGCCAAUGCCAGCACCACACCUGCAUUCAUUCCAAUAUCCGAAGAGACAGUAUUCCUGGACCCUGAGCCAACGCUGCCCAGCGUGACCACCUCAUCGCCACAUUCCGGAGACUCCUGGAUGAAUUACAGCAGCAACAGCAGCGACGAUUUCUCCGGCCUAUCCGAGCAGAUCAAGGCCGUGGCAAGCGGGCGACAGACAUGCAACAACAGCUCCGAUGACGGCAGCUCAGAUUACGACAGCAGCAUUAUUGGACCCACGGAGGCCAUGUUCAAGCGGUACAAGUCACAGCAAUCGUUCGAUGCAGCGGCAGCAGCAACAGCCGGCAGCGUGGAUCUCACCUCGCCGCCCCACACGGCUGGCAAUUCAAGUGCCACCAUCAAGUCGGUUGUCUCGCCCGCCUCCUCCAGCGCAUCGUCACUGAAAUCAGUGAAGGGUGCUGUGAAGCGUUUGCGCUGCAAGGACGACGAUGAACACUACGCAGCUCACGACGACUCCCGCGAGGCCAAGAAGUCGACAAUAACAUCCACUCCCGUUUCGGCCGUCUCCUCGCCAUCGAAGUCUCACACGGGGUCGGCAAUGCAGCGCAGUUGCGAAAACAUAUCCAACUCGCUGCUCGCUGGCAUUCUGCUCGACUCCCUGGAGCGACGGGCCAGUGCCGAGGGCGAAAACAACAACACCAAGAGCGAGCCAAAGUCAUCGACAACUGCGGUUCGCAACUCGGCGCUAAUGCAUGGCUCCAAGUCGCUGGACAUGUCCGCACCGCCCACAGAUGACUCGGCCUGCUUCGUGGACGUGCGUCUCAUUGACUUCGCCCACACGGCCUUUGUUCCGCGCAACGGGAGCAUGUUGCCCACGCCGCCAGCCACCGCGCCCGUCCACCAUGGACCCGACGGCGGCUUUCUCACUGGCCUGGACAGCCUCAAUCGCCUGCUCAACGAGAUAUUGGCCGAGGAAAGUAUCUAAUCUGCCUGCAGUAGUUACCCCAAUUGGAGCUUCCAGCGGAGCCCACUCACAGCUAGCGUGCGGGGACGGAGAAUAAGUUAAAAAUAAAAUUUAAAUUUAAAAAAAAAAAGUACAAUUUGAUUUCAAAAAAUUACCUAAAUUGUUGUAGCAACAUGUGUUAAAUUAUGAAACUAAUCUUUAGUAAUUCGAAAUGUGAUUCAGCUAACAAGAAAAAAAAAAACCAACAACACAAAAAAACAAAAAACAAACAAAAAUUAACAGUGAAAAGGAAAUGCCAACAUUUUUAAGCAAAAACAAAACAUACGUUAAGUGCAAGGCAAAACGUACGAAGCUGACAAUUGUUCAUAUAUUAUUUAGGAUCUGUUGAGUGUGUGAAACUUAAUAUCUACAAUUUAUUUGAAAAUGUAUCUUCCAAAAGUAGUUACAAGUUUAAAGAUAAAUUUACUUAAAUAUUGAUAGAUUGUUCAUGCCUUCUGCAUUUCCUAGCGCUGAAUGAGAAAGAAGAACAAAGGAAACUGCGUUCUGACUUUGAUGUUUUAAGUUUGUGAGAAAUGAGUAUAAAAGCAAACAACUAUAUAAAAUAUAUAUGUAUUGUAUUUUAAAUUAAACAAUUGGCAUGCAUAACGUGCAUUUUUAUACCUGCUAUUACAAUACAUACAUACAAUGCAAAUGACAAAGCGUAAGAACAGUAUUUUGUUAUAUUUUUCAUCUUUGCUUUACAAAGGUUCCCCUUCUAAUUGUAGCAAUCGCAGUUAACCUGUAAAAGUGAGAGGAGCAAGUGAAACGCUAUAAACAUAAAUCUUAAAUAAACAAAAAACGCAUAUACAUGUAUAUUACUAUUACUUAUUGUAUAACUAGAGAAUUAAAUGGAAAAAAAAAA